CAUUAGCUGACCAGGCCAGGCGGAACCAAGAUGUCGGCGUCAGUGUUUUUGCUCCUUAUCCUGGGACUUGCAGGACUCUCCUCCAUCACAGCCAUUCGAAUCAAAGGGAACGACACCAGUGGGUUUUUCAAGGAUCAGCGGAUCAUUGGAGGCCAGGCGGCCGAGGAGGGAUUCGCUCCCUAUCAGAUAUCCUUGCAGGGCAUCUCGGGCGCCCAUUCCUGUGGCGGUGCCAUAAUAGCCGAGAAAUUCGUCCUCACAGCCGCCCACUGCGUGGUGAACGCCAACAUUCAAUGGCUGGUGGUCGUCACGGGCACCAAUCAGUACAACCGUCCAGGAGGCAGGUACUUCCUGGAAGCCAUCCACAUCCACUGCAACUACGACAAUCCCUCGAUGCACAAUGACAUCGCCAUGUUGCAACUGAUUGAGCCGAUUGUGUGGAACGAACGCACCCAACCAAUUCCACUGCCCGUGGGGCCCAUGCAGCCGGGUGACGAGGUGAUCCUCACCGGCUGGGGAUCCACCGUGCUCUGGGGCAUCACUCCCAUCGAUCUGCAGGUUGUGUACCUUCAAUACGUUCCGCACAAGGAGUGCCUGGAGUUGCUGAGCAACGAUCCGGACUGCGAUGUGGGCCACAUCUGCACCUUUUCGCGUCAGGGCGAAGGUGCCUGCCAUGGCGACUCCGGAGGACCUCUGAUCAGCAAUGGCUACCUCGUGGGGCUGGUAAACUGGGGAUAUCCCUGUGCAACUGGUGUUCCGGACGCCCAUGCCGGUGUAUUAUACUACUUGGAUUGGAUACGCAAGGUCAUGAGUGGGAAUUCGAAAUGCACUGGCUUUGGCUCUUACCAGGCCUAGACGUUCCGUGUUCGACGACUAUCGUUGUUCAUAAAAUAGCCCAGUUUAUAAGGCCACGAUAAAUUAGCCCUCGAUAAGAACGGGGGCCAGUUAAUAAAGUUUUGAUAGCGAUGAAGUUGA